CCGUUCCUCCUGUUGUCUUCCGACCUUUGAUCUCGCUCUACGGUUGCUUUUUAAUCUCGGUGAUGCAGGAAGCCGAUUCUCCUGACCUGGGAGUCCCUGUGGGAGAGUCGGGGUGGGUAAAUUCGAUUUGCUCGCAGGGAGAAUCGGCAGCGCUGGAAAGAGUAAAUGAAGCCGUCUCGUGUUUCUCAGCAUGGACAGCGUCCCGUUUCACCGCCGGGACGGCAUUCAGCCUGGAGUUUUGCAUCUGAAAACAAUAAAUGGAGGGAUACUGCGUACGUGCCUCUGAGGCCACACCAGUUCUUUUCCACUCAGCUCAGGAAUUCUAAUGAGAACCGAGAACAAGCUGCUGCAUGAACACAUCAGCACAUGACCAAGGAGCUUUUACAUUUCCUCCACAAUGCACUCAUCUGGCCUCUGACAACCACAAGUGGCCGACUCGGCCACGUGACCAGAGCAGAGAAACUCCACAUGUGAAAUGGAAACAGACUUUCCUGACUUCCUCACUUCUCGGCCUUAAACACAGUGACCAGCUUCCCUGCUGCCGUGCUCCUCUCAGCAGCUCACGCUCGUCUUUUAAGGCAGCUGCUUUUAGUUUGAGAGGAACUCAACCCUCAUCCCCAGAAACAGAAGCUAACACCAGGCAAGGCAGCGUGAUGCAUCCCGAGACAACAGGACGGGGACAUCUACACAACUGUGGGAACGAUGAGGAGGCCGUGCUGGACCAGGGCAAGACCAGCUCCACCCUUUACACCAACUUUGAGAAAGAGGAACUGGAGAGUCACAGGGCGGUGUACGUUGGCGUGCACGUUCCGCUGGGCCGCCAGAGCCGGAGAAGACACCGUCACCGCGGACAUCGACAUCACAGGAAGCGCAGAGAGCGCUCGGAUCGGGAGGACGGGCGAGAGUCGCCGUCAUACGACACGCCGUCUCAGAGGGUCCAGUUCAUCCUCGGCACCGAGGACGACGACGAGGAGCACAUCCCCCACGACCUGUUCACCGAGCUGGAUGAGCUCGCCUUCAAAGACGGAGACAUGCAGGAGUGGAAGGAGACGGCCAGGUGGCUGAAGUUUGAGGAGGACGUUGAGGACGGCGGCGAGCGCUGGAGCAAACCCUACGUGGCGACGCUGUCACUGCACAGCCUGUUCGAGCUGCGCUCCUGCAUCCUGAACGGCACCGUGCUGCUCGACAUGAGAGCCGGCUCCAUCGAGGAGAUCGCAGACAUGGUGAUUGACAGCAUGCUGGCGUCCGGUCAGCUGGAGGAGGGCGCGCAGGAGAAGGUGAGGGAGGCCAUGCUGAGGCGCCACCACCAUCAGAAUGAGAAGAAGCUGAGCAACCGCAUCCCGCUGGUCCGAUCCUUUGCCGACAUAGGGGAGGGUCUGUCCUCCUCUCGUCUCUCUCUCCUCCGUCGUUGCUCCAUGGGCUCCUUCGACCUCUCCACCCCACCCCCCUCUGCGAGGACCCCAGGCCCGUUCGGGCACCUCCUCCCCGGCUCCGCCUCCUCGUCGCAGACCGACCUCUCUCUGUAUCGUUACGGCCGUCACCUCUCCGAACCCAGCCAGCCUCACGGACUCGCCCUUCCCGUCCCCGGUGGCUCUCCACGCCGCUCCUCUGCUCCCGUGGGGCUCCCCAAGGUGGUGGUGCACCCCCCAGAAGAGGAGGAGGAGGAGGUGUUCCACCUGGGAGAUGAAGACGACGUGGUUCCUCAAACAGGUCUGCUGGCGUCGCCUCAGUCGGCCCCCGGAAACCUCGACGACAACAAAAACGCCGAGAGUCGCGGCAACGGCGGCAGCGGCAGCCGGGAGAACAGCACGGUGGACUUCAGCAAGGACUGCGACUGCGUUUGUUUGCUGCCAGCGGCCAGCAGGAAGCCCGCAGUGGACAUGAACUUCAUGAAGAAGAUUCCUCACGGAGCCGAGGCCUCCAACGUCCUGGUGGGUGAAGUGGACUUCCUGGAGCGGCCCAUCAUCGCCUUCGUCCGGCUCUGCCCCGCCGUGCUGCUGACCGGCCUCACCGAAGUCCCGGUGCCCACCAGGUUUCUCUUCCUGCUGCUCGGUCCGUUUGGAAAAGGUCCGCAGUACCACGAGAUCGGGCGCUCCAUCGCCACACUGAUGACAGACGAGGUUUUCCACGACGUGGCGUACAAGGCGAGGGACCGCAACGACCUGCUGUCGGGGAUCGACGAGUUCCUGGAUCAGGUCACCGUGCUGCCGCCGGGAGAAUGGGACCCCAGCAUCCGCAUCGAUCCCCCGAAGAGCGUCCCGUCUCAGGAGAAGAGAAAGAUAGCGUCCUUCCCCAAUGGCUCCGCCCACAGCUCUGAGAUGGGCAAGGAGGCGGAGCAUCACGCGGGACCAGAGCUGCAGAGGACGGGGAGGAUUUUUGGCGGUUUGGUGAACGACGUUCGGAGGAAGGCGCCGUUCUACUGGAGCGACAUCAGAGACGCCGUGAGCCUGCAGUGCCUGGCCUCCAUCCUCUUCCUGUACUGCGCCUGCAUGUCGCCCGUCAUCACCUUCGGAGGUCUGCUCGGGGAGGCCACCAAAGGGAGCAUAAGUGCCAUUGAGUCGCUGUUUGGCGCGUCUCUGACGGGCGUGGCCUACUCUCUGUUCGCCGGGCAGCCUCUCACCAUCCUGGGCAGCACGGGCCCGGUUCUGGUCUUUGAGAAGAUCCUCUUCAAGUUCUGCAGUCAGUACCAUCUGUCCUACCUGCACCUGAGGACCAGCAUCGGACUCUGGACCGCCUUCCUGUGCCUGCUGCUGGUCGCCACGGACGCCAGCUCUCUGGUCUGCUACAUCACCCGCUUCACAGAGGAGGCCUUCGCCGCGCUCAUCUGCAUCAUCUUCAUCUACGAGGCGCUGGAGAAGCUGGUCCGCCUCGGGGAGCUCUACCCCAUCAACAUGCACAACCAGCUGGACAACCUGACCUUCUACAGAUGUCAGUGUGCUCCACCCGCCAACGCCUCGGCCGAAGUCCUGGGUGUGUGGAGCAAAAAGAACGUGACCCCAGAAAACAUCACCUGGGAUCAGCUGAGCUCGAAGACGUGCAAGGCACUCAUGGGGGAGCUGGUCGGCCCGGCGUGCAGCCACAGCGGUCCCUACGUCCCCGACGUCCUCUUCUGGUCCAUCAUCCUCUUCUUCACCACCUUCUUCCUCUCCUCCUUCCUCAAGCAGUUCAAGACUAAGAGCUACUUCCCCACCAAGGUUCGAUCGACCAUCAGCGACUUCGCCGUCUUCCUCACCAUCAUGAUCAUGGUGCUGGUGGAUUAUCUGGUGGGAGUUCCUUCACCCAAACUCAACGUGCCCGACCGCUUCAAGCCCACGUCUGAAAAUCGGGGGUGGCUGAUUUCCCCGCUGGGCCCGAACCCGUGGUGGACGCUGCUGGCCGCCGCCGUCCCCGCGCUGCUCUGCACCAUCCUCAUCUUCAUGGACCAGCAGAUCACCGCCGUCAUCAUCAACAGGAAGGAAAACAAGCUGAAGAAAGGGUGUGGCUAUCAUCUGGACCUGCUGGUGGUGGCGGUGAUGCUGGGCGUGUGCUCCAUCAUGGGCCUGCCGUGGUUCGUGGCGGCGACGGUGCUCUCAAUCUCCCACGUCAACAGCCUGAAGCUGGAGUCGGAGUGCGCGGCGCCUGGCGAGCAGCCCAAGUUCCUCGGCAUCAGAGAGCAGCGCGUGACCGGCUUCAUGAUCUUCUUCCUGAUGGGCUGCUCCGUGUUCAUGACCUCCGUCCUGAAGUUCAUCCCGAUGCCCGUCCUGUACGGCGUGUUCCUCUACAUGGGCGUGUCCUCGCUCAAAGGCAUCCAGCUCUUUGACCGCAUCAAACUGUUCGGCAUGCCGGCCAAACACCAGCCCGACCUGAUCUACCUGCGCUACGUGCCGCUGUGGAAGGUGCACGUCUUCACCGUGGUGCAGCUGUCCUGCCUCAUCGCGCUGUGGGCCAUCAAAGCCUCGCCCGCCGCCGUCAUUUUCCCCAUGAUGGUUCUCGCUCUGGUUUUCAUCCGGAAGCUUCUGGAUUUCUGCUUCACCAAGAGAGAGCUGAGCUGGCUGGACGACCUGAUCCCUGAGAGCAAGAAGAAGAAGGAGGACGACAAGAAGAAGGAGAAGGAGGACGCUCGGCGGAUGCUGGAGGAGGUGGAGGAGGAGCUGCCGUACGACAGAGGAGGAGUCCUCAAUUUCCCCAUCAAAAACCUGAAAAAGCGCAGCGACCCGUCAGAGGUCAACAUCUCUGAUGAAAUGGCCAAAAGCGGCAUCUGGAAGUCUGUUUCCAAAAACUCCGACAGCAGCAAAGCUCUGAGGCGCACCUUCAGCCACGACAAGCUGCCGAGCGUCCGGAUAAACGUGGAGAACGAGGACGGGCAAAGAGUCGUGAACGCCGAGACGUCGCUAUGAUCCACCGCCCGGGGCAGGAGGGUGAGGCGGGGGCGCUGCAGCUCCUCCGCGUGCUCCGAGGGAGGCGAAAGGUCGCGGGGGGACCAAUCGGGCUUCACCUGAGCGUGCCGUACUUCUGACUCUGCGUUGUCUCGGACGAGGCGAACGUUUUAUUUUCUCAUCGUUUUAAGGUGAAACAUGAGACUCCACUUCUGGAAACGGCUUCCUCAGGUUUCUUCUGCUGCCGUUUUUGUGUUUUUAACUCGGGCGGUCUGUGAUUGGCUGCCGAAGCGUCAAACUGAAAAAGAAAGGAGGGAAAAAAACAGCCGCCUGAGUCUCCGGACGGAUGUCGUCAGAAAUUUUAAUUUCAUGGUUUGAACUUUUGUUUCAGUGUUCGUGAAACGGGCGAAGCGCCGACACGUUUUAAUUUAACCCAUCAUGCUUUAGUGUGUGUGUGUG